AUGGAUCAACGUUAUUACAGCCUUGCCCAAGCCCACUUCUCCAGCGAAAGAAUUCCAGAAAGGGUGGUUCAUGCGAAAGCUGCUGGGGCUUAUGGUAAAUUUACUGUCACCGAUGAUUGCUCAGAUAUUACCUCGGCCAGUUUCCUCAAUCAAGUGGGCAAGAAAACUCCAGUCUUAUGGCGCGUAUCCACAGUUGGGCCUGAAGCUGGCUCAGCUGACACUUCACGCGAUGUGCAUGGAUGGGCAAUGAGGCUGUAUACUGACGAAGGAAAUCUCGACUGGGUGUUCAAUAACACCCCCGUGUUUUUCGUUCGCGACCCGAUCAAAUUCCCUUCCAUGAACCGAUCCCACAAGAGGCAUCCGCAGACUCACCUUCCGGAUCCAAAUAUGUUCUGGGACUUCAAUGUUGGCAAUCCUGAGGGCGUCCACGAGUUGCUCCAUCCUUUCAGCGAUCGGGGAACACCCGCGUCCCUCCGUGACAUGAAUGCUUACAGUGGACACACAUACAAAUUUACAAGAGAGGAUGGCUCUUUCAAAUAUGUGAAGAUCCACAUUAAAGCAAACCAGGGAGUUCAGAAUUUAACCAAAGAGGAAGCCGUGCGAAUUGCAGGGGAGAAUCCUGAUUUUCUCAUUAAGGGUACGUUCGAGGCGAUUGAAAAAGGGGAUUACCCAACCUGGAAUGUUUACGUGCAAGUAAUGGAUCCUACACAGGCGAAGAAUUAUUGGUGGAAUAUAUUCGACAUGACUAAAGUUUGGCCACAUUAUGACUUUCCUCUUAGACAGAUUGGAAGGCUGACCCUGAAUCGUAACCCCAAUAACUAUUUCACUGAUAUUGAACAGGCGUCAUUCUCACCGUCUAAUAUGGUCUCAGGGUUUGCACCAUCUGCUGAUCCAAGUACGUACCUCUUUGAUUACUUUUAA